AUGUCGCUGGCCGGUUGUGGAAGUGUCAACCAGUUAGGAGGGAUGUUUCUCAACGGCAGACCUCUCCCGGAAUCCAAGAGGAGGAAAAUGAUUGAACUGGCCUCGGAGGGAGUCCGUCCGAGCCAGAUCUCCCGGAUACUUCGGGUGUCCAACGGGUGCGUCAGUAAGAUCCUGAGCCGCUACCGCCGCACUGGACUCCUGGAGCCCAAGACCAUUGGAGGAAGCCGACCUCGGCUUCUCACCCCAGGUGUCAUCACCACAAUCAUCCAGUGCAAAAGGGAAAAUCCAACCAUUUUUGCUUGGGAAAUUCGAAAACAGCUUGCAACAGCACGAAUAUGCAAAGCUUCCAAAAUUCCCAGCGUGUCGUCUAUAAAUCGGAUUGUUAGAAAGAUCCAUUUGGACCACGGACCGAUGUGCAUGGAGAUCAAUGCGCAGAUCAGGCCUGAGCAGGAUUCCCUGAUCCAAGAAGAAGUGAUUGAGAGAAAAAUUUCUCAGACAGUGUGCAGCACUGACCAGAAGCCUAAAGCUGUCCAGCAGCGCAACCGCACCACCUUCACCCCGGAGCAGAGCACAGCACUCGAGCAAGAGUUCUCUCACAGCCAGUAUGCAGAUAUGUACACGAGAGAGAAACUGUCCGCUGAGAUACAACUUCCCGAGGACACCAUCAAGGUCUGGUUUUCAAACAGACGGGCUAAAUGGAGGAGAGAAGCCAAACAGAGGAGCAGUACACAGAACCUCCAAAAGCAAAGAGAUUUCCUUCCUGUGAGUCCAACAAUACCACAUGGCUUCCCAUCUCAACAGUUGGGUGCAGCUGCAAUUUCUAGACUGAGGGACACAUUCUAA